AUGCUUCAUGCUGGGGCUGCUCUUAUAAAACUUUCAGACAUGGAAUGUACAGGCCCAGUCAUACAUUUCAUCAAAGUUUUACUACAAAAAAGAUACGCAUUGCCUGGAAGAGUCCUUGCUAGUGUGUGUAAAUUUUUCUAUAAGCUUAUUAUGGAUGACCGAAGGAUGCCUGUUAUGUGGCAUCAAGCCUUGCUAACCCUUGCUCAAUAUUAUGGCAAAGAAAUUGAGCCUGAGUUAAAAGACGAAAUCCGGGAAUUGAUAAAAAUCCAUAACCACCCACAGAUUACUCCUGAAAUCAGAAAGUAUCUGUUUAAUGAAGGGAGAGAGUAA